UGUUGAUUUUUUUUUCGUCCAAAAUUGCGUGCGCGCGUUUCAAAAUUUCUCUCUAUAUUUUCAGUGAAAAUCAGCGUUUUUUCCUGCUGAUAUUACAAAAUUUUACACGUUACGUUAACUAUAUUCAAAUACACAUCGUUUGUGGUAUAUUUCGUGCAAAAAAAUUAAAUAUUAUUUCUAAUCGAAAAAUACAUUCAAUUUCCUCGCGUAAACGAACGAAAAAUAUCAGCCAACAUGUCGAUUGCAAUUGGCAUUGACUUGGGUACCACCUAUUCGUGCGUCGCGGUCUACCAAGGCGGGAAAGUGGAGAUUAUCGCGAAUGAUCAAGGUAACCGUACGACACCGAGCUAUGUCGCUUUCACUGAGUCGGAGCGCCUGGUCGGAGAUGCCGCUAAGAACCAGGUGGUCAUUAACCCGUCCAACACGGUAUUUGAUGCCAAACGGCUCAUCGGUAGGAAAUUCGAUGACUCCAUGGUUCAGUCCGAUAUGAAGCACUGGCCGUUUAAAGUCGUCGAUGAAGAUGGUAAGCCAAAACUUGAAGUACAAUUUAAAGGCAAGACGAAGAUAUACACACCGGAGGAAAUCAGCUCGAUGGUGCUCAGUAAAAUGAAGAGUAUUGCGGAUGCGUACUUGGGCAUGAAAGUGAGGGAUGCAGUGAUUACUGUCCCCGCUUAUUUCAACGACUCACAACGCCAGGCGACGAAGGAUGCCGGAAAGAUUGCCGGGCUCAACGUGCUGCGUAUGAUUAACGAACCCACCGCAGCGGCGCUAGCUUAUGGUUUGGAUAAAAACCUUACGGGUGAGCGACGAGUCCUGAUAUUUGAUUUGGGCGGUGGGACUUUUGAUGUGUCUAUCCUGACAAUCGAUGAAGGUUCGCUAUUUGAAGUAAAGUCCACUGCUGGAAAUACACAUCUAGGAGGCGAAGAUUUCGACAAUCGACUUGUAAAUCAUUUUGCGGUAGAAUUUAAGCGGAAACACAAGGUGGAUGUAAAGACAAAGCCUAGAUCCUUGAGACGGUUGCGCACUGCGGCCGAACGAACGAAACGCAUGCUUUCCUCUUCAACUGAAGCCACUCUGGAGAUCGAUGCUUUAUACAAUGGUAUUGAUUUCUAUACCAAGAUCAGUCGUGCUAAAUUUGAAGAAUUGAAUUCCGAUUUAUUCCGAGAUACUCUAAAACCCGUGGAGCAAGCACUCCGAGACGCCAAAAUGGAUAAGAAAUUGAUCGAUGAUGUAGUCCUUGUGGGCGGUUCCACCCGCAUUCCUAAAAUUCAAAGCUUACUACAGAAUUUCUUUACUGGUAAAAGUUUAAACUGUUCCAUUAAUCCCGAUGAAGCGGUGGCUUAUGGUGCUGCGAUACAAGCAGCCAUCCUUUCGGGAUAUACUGACGCGAAGAUUCAGAACGUUCUGCUUGUAGACGUCACACCGCUGUCACUGGGAAUAGAAACGGCUGGUGGCGUCAUGACUAAGAUCAUAGAACGGAACACGCGCAUACCGUGUAAACAGACCCAGACAUUCACCACUUACAUGGACAAUCAGCUUGGAGUCAAAAUUCAGGUCUACGAAGGCGAGCGGAUUCAAACUGAAAAGAACAAUAUCCUUGGCAAUUUCGAUUUAUGUGGUAUUCCGCCGGCACCUCGAGGAGUGCCUAAAGUUGAUGUAACAUUUGAUCUAGACGCGAAUGGAAUUCUGAAUGUAUCAGCCCUUCACAACCCUACCGGAAAUUGCAUGAACAUUACUAUUAAAAAUGACAAGGGUAGAUUAUCACAGAAUGAGAUAGAGAAAAUGGUGGCGGAUGCGGAGAAAUUCAAGGAAGAAGAUCGGCUCUAUUCUAUGCGCAUUGCAGCGCGGAAUGAACUUGAAACCUACACAUACAAUGUGACGGCAACUAUUGAGGAUCAUAAGAACAAAAUGGAUGCCGAGGACUACGAGUGUGUCUGCAAAGCCAGCCAGGAAGUUGUUAGUUGGCUGGAUGAAAACCAGACAGGUGAGGUUGAUGAGUACGCGAAGAAACUCAAAGAACUGAAGAAAAUUUGUCAGCCUAUCAUGCGCAAGCUGCAUAAAGCGUCGGAAGGUGAUUCACCAGGACCCACGAUAGAAGAAGUGGAGUAAAAUGACAACGGGAGCUAGGUGCUCAAUUCCCAGCACUAAAUUUACCCUACCAAAGUUUUGCAUGCAAAAUCAGAAUUUUAGAAAAGUUUUGAAAUUUUAGAAAUCAAUUAAUCUUUUAUCAUAAUUUUUGGCAAUCGUUUUGAGAAAAAAAUGAAUUUUUUGAAUAAAACUGCAUGUAUGCAUA